GCCCACGCCGCCAAACAAAUCUAGGAUGAUUUCGCUUAUGCCAGUUCACCAAUUCCCCAGUCUUCUUUCACCCUGGUAGACCGCAAGGAUGACAUUGAGUACUGGUGAACGUAUCUAUCGGGCAUGCAGUCGAUGCAGAAGCCGUAAGGUCAAGUGUGAUCUAAAGAGCAUUGGGGAGAAUGGCAAGCCGCCAUGUGUAAAAUGCUACAACGAGGGCCUUGAAUGCGUACUCGCAGGGUCCCGACGAGGGGGUGAUUAUACGCAUUACCGGACAGCAAGGGCAGGCGGCACACCGAAACCACGGACUCGAAAGAAGGUCCCAGAAGCCAACAGACUCACUGGCCAGGGCACGCCUCGAGUUGAAAACAGCAAUGUCCCUCCAUCACAAAGUAACACGUCUUCGUCGGGUCUCCAGAACCCUCUUGAAGCGCUCGAAUUACUCGCCAAGGUUGCAUCCAAAGACAAUGAAGAGCAGCGUGACCUAAACACCAACAAAACCUCCCCCAACGAGACGCAGAUUGGUGAAAAAUCAGGCACUGAUUCUCAAGAUACUACCGUUCAUGGAGGGAGUCAGGCAGGGUCUACGCCUAAAGCAACAGGCCUCGAGUUCUUGGAUCCCAGAGCCCUGGGACCACUGCUAGAGCGUUAUCACGACACCUACCACGCAUUCAUGCCUAUUGUACCUCGCCAUAUUCUCUCGAUCAGGAGUAUUGAUAAGACGGCGGCAGAAGAACCUUUCAUUCUCACCGCUGUUCUUCUUAUUGCCACCAAAGAUAAACCAGAAUAUGCGGCAUUACACGAUCGUUUGUGGGACUCAAUGCAACGUAUGCUAUUGCAAAUUGUAUUGGGAUCCAUGGAAGCCCGGACAGUUGGAUGCGUUGAAGGUCUUCUUGUUCUUGCAGAAUGGGUUCCCCAUGCAACUUCGAGCCACAUGAACGUGUCCGAGAAAGGUACUGGAGGCCUUGCAGGGACUGAAGAUACAGCAGCGUGGACCUUGAUUGGCCUUGCAGUCAGACAAGCAUAUCUCCUACACCUAGAUAAGUACGCUUUUCGCAGCGAGUCGGCGGAUGAGUGCAACGCAACGCUUCAUCGAAAACGUCUAGCCUGGACCUACACAUACAUCGCCGACCGACAGAUCUCAAUUCGUAUGGGCCAAGCCUUCUGGUGCCGUGGUCCUAGUCUAUCUGCCAAAUUUACAGCCAGCGAUUUCCCUACUCUUGCGCCGCAUACUGCAUACGAAGACGAUUACGCUAGCGUACUGCAAGCUCAGAUGGAACUGACGGUUUUGUUUGGAAACAUACACGAUCUACUGUAUGCCAGUAAAGCUCGAAGUAUCAGUUUGAUGGUCAUGGGUGAUUACACAAAGUAUCUUGACGACAGCAUGCAAGGCCUAGCUGCAUGGAAACAAGCCUGGGUUCAUUUGGAUGUUGGACAGCAUCUGAAGCUCAUACUGGAUCUCCAGUAUGAGUAUACACGAUUGUACAUUCAUGGCUUCGCUUUUCAAGCUGCCAUUAGUCGUGCACCUGGGACGCCGCCUAACUCUUCUCAAGAGAAGCCGGUUUCGAAGUUUCCGCAUGGAAUUCUCGCAACUCCAGAUGGAAGGCAUAUACAUCUAUCGAUAAGCGCAGCUAAAUCUGUUCUUAGAAUGCUUGGUGAUCGCAUAAAUCCCACCAAGCACUUACGUUUCCUCGGGCCUCGUUUCUACCUAUACGCAAUUCAUUGCGCUGUUUUUCUUUACAAGGCAUCGUCUUAUGGUGCUCUUAAUGCAGAAGAGCACAAAGAAUGCGCCGAAAUCAUUAAGCGGUAUACCAACAAUCUUGGUGCAGCAGCGUCCUGUGAGAAGCAUAUCGCCGCAAGACAUAGCUCGUUACUCUCAACAUUGUGGCUCGAAAAGGAGGCUGGUACCAAUGAACAACCCGCCCAAUCAGCAGUCCAUGGAGGUAUUGAGCCUAAUCAGGAAGGGUCAGUACCGAUGGAAGUAGCCCAACAAGAUAAUGCGCCUGACCCGUCAUUCAUCGAUCCAGGAUACUUAGCUCAACAGUACAAUAGCAAUCAUAGCCACUAUGGCUCUAGAGGAAUAAGCAUGAUACCCGAGAGCUUUGUUACAGGCCUGUAUGGAACUCAGAUGGAUAUUGCAGAUCCGUUCAGUAUAUUGGAUUUCGGAGCGUACGGUGAGCCAGAUCUGAGAUCGCUCAUUACAAUGUGA